CGUCUAUUUGUGUUUUUGAUUUUUGGCUUUUCCAUUUUCCUCAUACACACCGUAUUCAGUGCUUGGAUCUGGCUUAGAUGAGGUCUAAAUGAACACUUUUCUUGCUUUUGUACUUGAUCUUUAAACUUGUCAAGUGCGUGCUUUGACAGGAAACCACAACAACAUGGGGUCUUGAUGACAUGCAUAGAAUUGAAUGUUCCAUAUAGUGCACUUCAGUAUUCAGAUUCAAAUCGCAAAAGAAACUAACACCCCUUUUUCCCCCUAAGAAAAAGAUAGCACUGUGAAAUGAAACUCGAUGAAAUAAAAUGAUGAAUGGGCAUGAUAACAGGCUGGAGAUGAUCUUCACUGAUGUAUAGCCCUACAUCAAGACCGAAUACUGGCAUGACGUCAAACUACUCAGCACCACCACCACCAACAACAACAACGCCCGCCUAUGCAACAACACACAACAGCACAAAGAAAGAUGCUUUGAGAUGUGAAAUAUCAUAUGAUGGAGAAAGUUUGCUGUUUUGCAUCAUCAUAACUACAUAUGCUUCAAUAUUUCUGAUCACCAUAAUGGCUAUAAUGUGGUUGAAACAGUACAAGACGUUGAAGCGCAGAAUUAGGAGUCUGCAGGACACACAGCGGCAGGCAAUGUCUGUUCCAUCUGCUGAAACCGAUCCUUUAGUAAAGCAAAGCUCUGGGCCUGAACAAAUAAUUACAGUCCAGCUGGAACAAAAUGCCAUUUCAGCCUCUGAAUUUAAACUGCAGAGCAUGAAGUCAGCUAGUCGCUCAUUUAACAAAGCUGAUCUCUCUAUGUAUCAGCUCAUCAAAGUAGGAAGAGAAGGAGUGCUGUAUAAAACAAAAAUGACACGUGGUGCUAUCAAAGGCCGCACCAUGUUCACCUGCAAGAUCUACAAAAAGGCUGCUCAACACAAUCAUGUCAAAAAGGAGGUUAUGAUCAUGCUGAAUUUAAGCACACACAUGAAUCUGCUACAACUUGUAGACUGGGACAUCACAGAAGUGCCCUAUAUGUUAAUUAUGGAAGAUGUAGAACAUGGCAGCCUACGCACCUUCCUUAAAAUGAAUAAAGAAAGUCUGUGCAAAGAUGAAAACCUCCAGCACCUCUUCACCAUUGCACUUUACCACAUAGCACAGGCCAUGGACCAUCUGCACUCCAAAAUGAUACUGCAUUGUGAUCUGGCACUGAGGAAUAUCAUGGUGCACAGAUUUCCCCAUGAAGUAAAAGUGGCUGAAUUCGGACUGGCCAGAGACAUAACGAGGAAGCAGGGCCUCUCUGGAAACUGCAAGAUGACUGACAAUAAGCGAGUUCCCUUUAGAUGGUAUCCUCCAGAAUAUUUCAAACAUGACUUCUACGGAUUUAAAGGAGAUGUCUGGGCUUUUGGAAUCAUAAUCUGGGAGAUGCAAACAUUUGGCACUAUACCCUACCCUGACUUGAAAACAUCAAAUGAAGUUGUGAGUUAUGUACGUGCUGGCCACAGGAACCCAGAGCCUGAAGCAUGCAGGCCAGAAAUGCGUCAAAUGAUGAGAGACUGUUGGCAAGACCCCCACAUCACGAGACCUUCCUUUACGGAUAUUGUCAGAGUUCUGGAACUCAUUCUGGAAAAUGAUCGUGACUAUGUGGCGAUGGACAGCAGCACUUUCAUUGCAUGAGUGGAAUCUGAAGACAGAGAUUAAUUAUUAUUAUUGCUGUUAACAUCAGAAAUGGAUUGUGGGUCUGGUUCUACAGAUUGAGAUGUGUAUCAUUUCAAGAUUUCAUCAUAUUCAAUUAUAUUCAUUCAUAAGCAUGUACAGACUAUGACUACUACCUUUUGAAACAAAGCUCAUGUGGCUGUUUGUAAGAAAAUUCAUCCAUCUAUACUGCUUAUCCUCCUAAGGGUUGUACAGUGUCUUGCA